GCAGUCCCAGGGUAACGUGAGUUGAACGUUGCAAGUAGGUGGUGUGACUCUCGAGCUGGAACAGGACUUCGGGUCGACCUAGUACGAAGAAGGGGAGUGCCUGCAGCAGGUAAGGGAGAAGAGGGGGUAGUUUCUUUUGGCUCUGGCUGUAGGGAAAGGGGCACAGCUGGGGUGACCCGUGGGUAGUCGGCUCUCUGAAGGAUGGGCCCGGGUGGGAAUGGUUGAUGGUUGAGGUAUGGAGUUGGAGUAACAGAUCCGUUUGGGCUCAGACCGGUAACGCCGAAGAGAAACCAGUUUUCGUCUCCUAAGGAGCGUGGAGAUGAGCAGGGUUAACGUUUUCUGCGCCUCCUUGGGCUUCCAAGGUUGUUUUGAAACUCUCCUCGCUUGGUCCUAUCCGUUUCAUUCAGGACAGUUAGGUUUGGUAGCAGACGGGGCUGGGCGCUGGAAAUGGACCCUGUUCUUCGGCUGGGGGUCACUUGUGCCUUCACCUUUUACAGUUCACGUGCUGAGCCCAUUUGGUGUCGGUGGGCAAGCUUCAAUGGACGUGAGGCCCCUCUUCGAACAGCUAUUUCUCUGGGUUUCCUCAUUUUGCGCAAGGAAUUAUGAUUCAGCUAAAGUUACGGCAGAUGGGUAUUGCCCUGCUUGUAAAGAGAAGGGGAAGUUAAAAGUCUUAAAGACUUACCGAAUUAGUUUCCAAGAAUCUGUCUUUUUGUGUGAAGAUCUGCAGUGCAUCUAUCCUUUGGGCUCUAAAUCACUUAGUAAACUAAUUUCUCCUGAUUCAGAAGAGUGUCAUACUCCAAGUAAGCCUCAAAAAAGAAAGAUCUUGGAAGCCAACUGUAAAGAUUCACUUCUUUUAGCAAAUUCCAAAAAGACUAGAAAUCAUAUUGUUAUUGAUGGUGAACAGAUUUUGAACAGCAAACAUAAUGGAGAAGUAUAUGAUGAAACCUCAUCAAAUUCAAUUAAGACAGCUGAUUCCUUGGAGCAGAAUGAGAUUUUGGAAGCUGAUAUUGUUGACUCAGCUAUUGAAAAAGAUCCUACUACAGUUGAUGUCUCUGGAACUGUGGGAACUUCCCCUCAAAAUGAAGGAUGCACAUCUGAACUGGAAAUGGCAUUGGAGAGCAAACGUACAUCAUUUCACCAAGCUUUAUGUGUCCAGUGGAAAAAUGCUUAUGCUCUCUGUUGGUUAGACUGUAUCCUGUCAGCUUUGGUGCACUUGGAAGGAUUAAAGAACACUGUAACUCAAUUGUGCACUAAGGAGGACUCUGUAUUCUGGCAGCUGUUCACAAAAUAUAAUCAAGCAAAUAAGCUUUUGUAUGCCAAUCAGUUGGAUGGAGUUAAAGAUGGAGAUUGUAAAAUACUUAAUUCAGAAACAUAUGCGAAAAUAAAGACCUGUCUGAAUGAAGUCAGAGAUGAAAUUUUUAGUAGACUUCAGCCCCAGCUUAGAUGCACAUUAGGUGAUAUGGAAAGCCCUGUGUUUGCAUUUCCCUUGCUCUUAAAAAUAGAGCCCCACAUUGAAAAGCUCUUCCUGUAUUCUUUUUCUUGGGACUUCGAAUGUUCACAGUGUGGACACCGCUAUCAAAACAGGUGUAUGAAGAGUUUGGUCACCUUUACAAAUAUCAUCCCUGAGUGGCACCCACUUAAUGCUGCCCAUUUUGGUCCGUGUAACAGUUGCAACGAUAAAUCACAAAUAAGAAAAAUGGCAUUGGAAAAAGCUUCUCCCAUUUUCAUGUUGCACUUCGUACAAGGCUUACCACAGAAUGACUUGCAGCAGUAUGCAUUUCAUUUUGAAGGUUGUCUUUAUCAAGUAACUUCCGUAAUUCAGUACCAAGCAAAUAAUCAUUUUAUAACAUGGAUUUUAGAUGCUGAUGGAAGUUGGUUGGAAUGUGAUGACUUAAAAGGCCUACAUUCUGAAAGGCAUGAGAACUUUGAAGUUCCUGCUUCAGAGAUACAUAUUGUUAUUUGGGAAAGAAAAACAGCUCAAGUGACAGAUAAAGAAGCUGCUUGCCCUCUGCUUAAAAAGUCUAAUGAUCAACAUGUUUUCAGUGAUGAGAAACUAGUGUCUUCAGGUUCCAAUGGUGAGAAAACAGUGUCUUUAGCUUCCAGUGAUGUGAAAUCAGGGUCUGCAGCUUCCAGUGGUGAGAAACCAGUGUCUUCGGCUUUCAGUGAUGAGAAACCAGGAUCUGCAGCUUCCAGUGGUGAGAAACCACUGUCUUCAGCUUCCAGUGAUGAGAAACCAGUGUCUUCACUUUUCAGUGAUGAGAAACCAGUACCUUCAGCUUUGUAUUCUGUGGGUAAUGAUCCCUCAUCUGAAACAACCUCGGUAAUUCACACCACAGUUAUGUCAGUUGCUCCUCAAACUAUUCCACAGGGCAAAGUUGUAGCUCACGGAGAUCAUUUACUUUUAAGUCCAAAAGUUUUGGUUGACAGUAAUAUUUUACCUUUGACACUUGAAGAAACUAUCCAGAAAACUGCCUCAGUUUUUCAGGUUAACUCUGAAGCUUUCCUGUUAGCAAAUAAACCUGUGGCAGAAAAUAUAGGAAUUGUCAAAACAAAUACCUUGCAGUCACAAGAAUCACUGAUGACUUCUACAGUAUCAAGUCCAUGUAAAGAAAAUCUUAUCCAUGACCAGUUUGUGGAUUUAAACUUUCCAUCUCAAGUUGCAAAUACAAGCAUGCAGCCAGUACAGCUGAAUACAGAAGAUGCUGUAAUUGCGGUGUCUGUGGAUAAUAUUCAUGCUGCUGAUCUCAUACAGGAUAUGAAGUCAGUAGAAAUUGAGACCAAUGCUCAGUUAAAACAAUUCCUUACACCAAAAACUGAGAAAUUAAAACCAGAACAAGCUAUAUCUCAGGUAUCUAAUUUGAAGAAAAAAGAAACUGCAGCAGAUGCUCCAAACGUAACAGCUAAGUCAUUACAGAGUCAGUCUGUGAAAGAAAAUCCAAAGAAACCAUUUGUGGGAAGUUGGGUUAAAGGCUUAUUAAGCAGGGGUGCUUCUUUCAUGCCACCUUGUGUUUCAGCUCAUAGUAGAAACACUAUAAGUGAUCUGCAGCCUUCAGUUAAAGGGGCAAAUAAUUUUGGUGGCUUUAAAACUAAAGGAAUAAACCGGAAGGCUAGCCGGGUGUCCAGGAAAUCUAGGGAUACAAGUAAGCCUCCUCCAGUGAGUGGGCCUCCAGCAAGUCCUCCAUCGUCCAGUAGCACUGCUGCUCACCCAUGUGCUAAUACCACUGCUGCUUCCGAAGCUGUGAAGAAGGGUGAAAGGGCCUCCAAUGGAGCUCACCUCAACCACAAUUCUCAUGGAAAUGAAAAUUGUGUUUCUUCAGUAAACCAUGGAGGCUCAGUUGAAGAUCAGAUUCGUAAACUUCGCCUAAAACUUCUUAAAAAACUAAAAGCAAAAAAGAAGAAAUUAGCUGCUCUUACAUCUUCCCCCCAAAGUGGAAAACUUCCAAGUGAAAAUUUAGAAGAAGUGCCCCAGGGUGGGUCUCCAAAUGAUUGUGAAUCUAUAGAAGACUUGUUAAAUGAACUGCAGCAUCAAAUUGAUAUUGCAGAUAAGAAGGCUGGAUGCACCACUGUUUCUGGUGUUUCCCCGUACAGUAGUCAAAGUCAUGAAGAAAUUUUAGCAGAAUUAUUGUCUCCUACAACUGUUGUUUCAACAGAGCUGUCAGGGAAUGGGGAAGCUGACUUUAGGUACUUGGAAAUGGGAGAUAACGCUAUACCAGCUCCAGCACCUGGUGAAUCAAACAGUCUUUCCCAGAACACAUAUCUGGGACAGGAUCAUAUUUAUUGCAGCCCCACCAAGAAAAAUCCAUGUGAAGUGGAACCAGACUCCCUAACAAAUAAUGCCUGUGGUAGAACAUUGAACUUGGAGAGUCCCAUGAAGAAUGAUAUUUUUGAUGAGUUUUUUUCUACUUCAUCAUUAAAUUCUUUAGCAAAUGAUGCAUUAGACUUACCUCAUUUUGAUGAGUAUCUGUUUGAGAAUUGUUAAAUGCCUGUUAACUCUUUAUAAUUACUCUUAGAAAAACUGUGUUUUCAAGUUGUGUUUGUAUACUUGUGUUUAUAGUGUUAAUAGCCAUGAACAAAAUGUAAGCAAUUGAAGGUUUUACCUUUAGUUCUGCCCUUGAAGCAUGUGAUCUGUUUUACAAAUUAUCAAGAAUGUGUCCCCUCAUGAGUUUCAUUUUGUACUUGUAAGAGAAUGAGGAUUUCAGAAUAUUUUUAAAAGAUAAAAGGUGUAUAUUAGUUUCUGGCAGUUGUACAGUUGGAUUCAUCAAAUUGUAAGAUUUAAAAUUUUGGUCACAUUCAGGAGUUUAUAUAAACCUAAGUUGUCGUAUGUGGUAGAUGAAUGCCUGACAGUUUUCCUUAGGGUUGUUUGUAUACUUAUUCUAGUAGAGUGCUGUGGGAUGUAAACUUCCCCCAUACAACCUGUCUCCUUUGUCUCUUUAGAAAGGAUGGCAGAAACCCUUACUACUUAAGUAAUGUUAAAUGAUCAAUAAAUGAUCUUUAAUAGGAAAAAGUAAUCUAUUUUCAUGAUAAUGUGCAAAAAUUUUACAUGUUAUCGCUAUCAUGAAUGCUAUCUUCCCAAGAUGGUUCUAUAACCAAAGUAACACCGUUUAACAUCCUGUUUUGGGAGAGAGUAAUAACCAGCAUGUCUAAGGCUUGCUAUAUGUGGGUUCUGUUAUAUCUGAGACAGAGGCUAAUUCAUUUAAAUUAAAUUCAUUUAAAUUUGAUAUUCCUGUGAGUGAGAUAUUUUUAUCACAUUUUACGAAUAAGAACACUGCACAGCUAAUAAGUUGUGGAGCCAAGACUGAGUAGAUGGUUUAUUAGAGCAGUUGGAAAUGCUGAGCUUAUCAAUGUAUGUUUUACCCCGCGAGCUUUAUUUAUAGUGUGAAUACCCAAACAACACUACUGCUGUAAUGAUUUGAGUUAACAAUAAUUACUGAGGUUUAAGGGUGGCAGUCAGUGGUCUUCGGGUAAAAUACUUUACCAAGGACUUAGUACUUGUUAAUUUAUUUGCCAGUUUUACUCCUAAACCCCCCUGUGUUUUCUGUUUAUAAAAGUAGUGUAAUGUAUUGUAAGGAAAAGCUAAGAAAAUACAAGAAAACACCAAGAAGGGUUUUGAUCAUGCAUUUUAAUCUUACUGAUAACUACUACAAACAUUUUCAAAUUUUAUGCACAUAGACUUUAAAUAAAAGAUCCUCUUGUACCUAUUUGUAUUAUCUGUUUUUACCUAAUGUUUAAUGAGCACUUUUCUGUCUUGUAGUUUUUGACAUCUUUUGAAUAGUUUUAUAAUAAUUACAUUGUACGGAUAACCAUUGUUUCACUAAUCCUUAUAGAUUCUGAGAUGAUUUAUACUAUUUGGCUAUUGUUAAUUGCACAGUAGCAGUUAUCCUGUUAAUAAAUUUUUGCACAGAUUCAAGUUUUAUUUUUUAGGGGUUG